AUGGACCCUGAGUCGAUUGUUUUAGAUUUGGACAAGUUGGUGAAUUUGCAAACAGAUCGUCACCAAGCCCUUAGGUCUGUUCUGCAGAAUUUUAGGAAGGACUCGCAAACGAGGAAAACUAGGAUUUAUCUAAAAAAAAGGUUGGAUCAGGUGGAGGAAUUACGGAACGCUUUUCGGGAGACGCACUCGGUGAUCGUUAAUUUAGAUGGAUUUGAUGAUUCAAGUUAUGCUGCGAAGAAUUUCCAUUCAGAAUUCGAGGAGCGUUACAUGGACGCCUACUGCGCUCUCGCCGAAGACUUCGACAAGCUUGGACCAGAAACUACUGCGCCACCAGCAGCAGCCGGGAACGCCGAUCCGGAGUUGCGAGUAAACAUGCCGCAAAUGACGGUACCUAAAUUUUCGGGUGCGUGUGUGGACUGGCCAGGCUACUACGAUGCCUUCACAAGCCUAAUACAUAACAACCACAAUUUGAGCAAUGUCCAAAGAUUGCACUUUCUCAAGGAUUCACUGCCAAUUGGCCGUGACAAUGACAUUCGUCAAAUGCAGCUCACGGAUGUAAACUAUGCAGUGGCGUGGGGAAUGAUGAUCAAGAGGUACAAUAAUCCUCGACUCGUUUUCUCGCACCAUAUGAACGCAAUAUAUGCGUUGCCCAGACUACAAAAGGAUACUACCGAUUCUAUACGGUCGAUGCUAAGCACGGUCAAUGUUUGCCUAGCUGCCUUCCGCCGCGUUCAAGCCUUGGACGGGGAAUCGCAGCACUGGUUGGCGCAUUACGUAGCAUCGAAGUUGCCCAAGGAGACACACAACGCUUGGGAGCACCACCAAGGAAGCUCUUCAACGGUUCCGUCCUAUAAGGAUUUGGAAUCAUUCUUGAACGAUCGGCUAGUCAUAAUGGAUGCGAUUGAGAAUCGAAGCUCGUCGUACGACUCCAAUGCUGGCCUAGGUUCAACAGACCCGGUUAAACGCGUGCGAGUGCAUAAUGCACAGGAGCAUGUAAAGCGUUCGAACAGCGCAUGUUAUCACUGUGGCGGCGACCACAUCUUGCGUCGUUGUCCACUUUUCUUGCAGUUGGACUGUUACAGGCGCAAGGACAUAGUCAGCAGGGCUAAAUUAUGUGUCAAUUGCCUGAGUAAGUCGCAUGCCCUGUCUCGCUGCACCAGCAGCCAGAGCUGCCAAGUUUGCGGUCAGCGUCAUCAUACGUUGCUGCAUUUUCCGGUUCAGGCUCAGAACCAGCCAUCGAACCACGCGCAAUCGCAUUCUGCCCGGCCGCCGACACCGCAGUUUGUGACGCCAGCAUCCAUGGAAACAGUGUCGGAGCAGAAUCCGCACGCAUCCUACAGAUGUCAUUCGGCGACGUCAUCCGAAUUUUCCUCGAAGAAUGUACUCCUCGCUACGGCUCGUAUUAUGGUACAAAAUCCGACCAACGGCCUGCAGGCAGUAAUAAAUGCGCUCAUUGAUCAAGGAUCUGAGGCUACCAUAGUCUCCGAACACGUUGUUCAGUCCCUUCAUUUGAAACGAUCGGCAGCCAGAGCAUCUAUUUUUGGUGUAGGCCAAGGGAGCGGUGUUCGUUGCAAGUAUACGGCCAACUUUAAAAUUACCAGUAUUAUUAACCCCCAUUUUUCAUUAGAUGUAAAUUCCGCAUAUGUGCUCAACUCCGUAACAUCCUGCCUCCCCAGGCUUAGCUUUUCGCCGCGGCGAUGGAGUCACAUACAAGGGCUCCCGUUGGCGGAUCCAAAUUAUUACCGAUCGAAACGAGUGGAUCUCAUCGUGGGAGUGGACUUGUUGGCACAAAUCAUGCUGCCGGAUACGAGGAUUGGAUUGCCAGACGAGCCCAUAGCUCAAAAUACUCGUUUUGGAUGGUUACUGUCUGGGAGAGCAGAAGGAGUUAGGAAAUCUACGCAGUUACGCUGUCAUCUAGCAACUUUGGACACUGAAUCAUUGCUCAAGCGAUUCUGCGAAGUCGAGUCAGUUCCUGAUCGCUCGACAGAAACAGAGGAGGACCUCUGGUGCGAAACAUUUUUUCAGAAAACUCAUGUGCGUCGAUCAGAUGGCCGCUACGUGGUACGAUUGCCCUUUAAAACAUAUUUAGAUCCAGCAAUGGUUUUGGGGAGAUCUCAUCAAAUGGCGCUGAAUCGAUUUAUGCAACUGGAACGGCGUCUGUCAAACAAUCCGGAGCGGUGGAACAAAUAUGUGGAGGAGAUCGAGGAGUACUUUUCGCUUGAGCAAAUAGCGCCUGCGGUGGGCAGUGAAAGCAGUCUAGUGAAGCGCACAUCUGCGAAUAGGCAUGUAGCUUCCUGCGUACUCCCGCACCAUGCAGUCUUCAAGGAGGAACUCCAUUCGACCAAACAGAGAAUUGUUUUUGACGCCUCCUCACGAACUAGUAACGGGCGAUCAUUGAACGACAUACUUUGUACCGGACCCACUUUGCAGAACGACAUGUCGUCGGUUAUACUCAACUGGCGGAAAUAUCGUUUUGUUUUCACGGCGGAUAUACAAAAGAUGUAUCGCUGUAUAGAUGUGCACCCAGAAGACGCCCAAUAUCAGCGGAUUUUAUGGCGGGCGGCGGAUGGAGCCAUCAACGUUUAUGCAUUAUCGACACUAACCUUUGGGACGGCUUCAGCACCGUUCACGGCUAUCAGGGUUAUUCAACAGCUGGCGAAGGAUGAGCAGCUUUCAUUCCCUAAGGCGGAGGAGGUGCUGAUGAACGAGAUAUAUGUAGACGACAUUCUUUCUGGAGGACAUACUAUAGAAGAGGCAGAGGAAAAGCGACUUCAGGUAUCGGGUGCUAUAAAAUCCGCGCGCAUGGAGUUGCGAAAGUGGUCCAGCAACGAUUCGAGACUGUUGCUCUCGAUUCCGUCUGAGUAUCAUUGCAGUCAGACCCUGUUAAGUUGGGACACUACAGAUCCUAUUAAGGCUUUAGGAAUGUAUUGGCUCCCAAAGAGGGAUUGUUUUAAAUACCAGAUCAACUUCGAAAUUCCAGUCAGCUCCACUAAGAGGAUAAUCUUAUCCAGUAUAGCAAGGUUGUUUGACCCGCUGGGUCUCAUUGCGCCGGUCAUCAUUUCCGGAAAGCUAAUAUUGAAGGAGGUUACCAUGGCCAAGAAAAUGCAUGCAGACGGCUCGCAGACGGUUCUGGACUGGGACGAUGCGGUUCCUGAUAAUAUUGCAGAGCGAUGGCGAGGAUUUCGAGACGACUUGCUAAGGAUCGGCGAGAUAAGCAUAGAUCGGUGGAUCCAUUACACCCCAUCUUCAAUAUCCUCAGUUCAGAUGCAUGCGUUUUGCGAUGGAUCUUCCACUGCUGUGUAUCUAAGGGUGGAGCAUCAGGACGGAAGGUGCUAUUCUUCCGUGAUGGCUGCAAAAUCAAAGGUUACUCCUGCGAAGCCCUUAACUAUACCUCGAACAGAGUUAAGUGGAGCGGUAUUAGCCAUCAAGUUGGUAAGGUGGCUAACUUUGGCUAAGUGUCUGAGUUCCUUUCCGGUCCAGACUUUCUAUUGGACGGAUGCUACAAUUGUACUGCACUGGUUGCACGGGGAUGUCAAUAGAUGGAAGACCUUUGUCGCGAAUAGAGUCGCCUUCGUUUUGGAUCAUUCCUCGCCAGUUCAGUGGAGACACGUAGGCACUUCCGAGAAUCCAGCGGACUGCGCUACGCGAGGGCUCUCUCCCAUCGAGCUAAAGAACUUCGAGCUGUGGUGGCGAGGGCCAGAGUGGCUCGUGCGCAAUCAAGGCUUUUGGCCAUCGACAGAUUUCGGACAAGUUGGCGUUGACGACGCCGCGUUAGAGGCGAAAGUGGCCAAAGUGCGCGUUCACCAUGCAGUCGCGCAACCAUCGUUUCUUGAGAAAUUUUCUACACUCAGCCAGGCUUUAAGAGUCACAGGCUACAUCAUGCGUUUCAAGAACAACGCUGUCGGCAAGGAGGAGAAACGCAUUGGGCCCUUAAGUAUUGAGGAGCUCGACUACGCUUUGUUAGCGGUCGUGCGGAUCGUACAGCGCGAGUCGUUCGCAACCGACUUGUCUGCAGUUAGGGACUCCAAAAGGUUGCCCUCCCGAAGCAAGUUACUAAAUUUGUCGCCGGUCUUAGUGGAAGGCAUUUUGCGAGUGAGGGGACGACUUCGCCAUUCUAAUUUGUCGCACGAACGUCGUCAUCCAAUAAUCCUGCCAAGUUCUCAUCAUUUCACAGAAUUAGUAAUACGUCAUUCACACUAUCUAACGCUACACGGAGGUGCGCAGAUGACUUUGGCGCACACGCGUCAGCGAUUUUGGAUCCUGACAGGAAAGCAAGCAGUUCGAAGGAUUAUACGAAAAUGCGUUCGCUGCUUCAGAACGCGACCAACCACUACGACUCAGCUUAAGGGAGACUUGCCCGUUCAUCGAGUCAACCCUCCUAGUCGACCAUUCAUCGCAACUGGUGUCGACUACACAGGCGCGAUAGAGAUCAAAGCAGCGCGUCUACGAGGCACUAGCUUCUACAAGGGAUACAUCGCCGUUUUCAUUUGUCUCGCAACAAAGGCGGUUCAUUUGGAGGCUGUGACAGGUCUCACCACGGAGCAUUUUUUACUGGCUCUGGACAGUGACAACGGUACCAACUUCGUUGGUGCAGACAACGUAAUGAAGGCGGUGUACAGGCAGAUGCGAGCUGAUUACGAGCAGGUGAUCGCCCCUAAGCUUGCGACGCAGCGCACACAGUGGCACUUCAAUCCUCCUCUGUCACCUAACUUUGGUGGGCUUUGGGAGGCCAAUGUAAAGUCAGUUAAAUACCAUCUAAAGAGGGUCAUUGGAGAUCGACGGCUUACAUACGAAGAGUUGUCCACGGUCCUCGUAACCAUAGAAGCGUGUCUCAACUCAAGGCCGCUUUGCCCUCUGACAGCUGACGCGGACGAUCUAGAGGUGCUCACCCCCGCACACUUCCUCAUCGGAGACUCAAUGCUGGCGCCGCCGGAAUAUCAGCCGCAAUCCAGAUCCUUCGCAGAGCAGUUCCUUAUCCAGCAGGCGAUGAUACGACAUUUCUGGAAGGCUUGGAGUCGUGACUGGUUAGCGCAUCUACAGCAGAGACCAAAGUGGUGCCAAGAGGCUGAAAAUUUUCGUCUCGACGACCUUGUCAUCAUCAAGGACGACCGGUUCCCACCGUCACAAUGGUUACUCGGGCGUGUUAUGGAGUUGCACCCAGGGACAGACGCACUGGUCCGGGUGGUAACACUUAAAACCAAGCAGGGACAGCUGAAGCGAUCCGUAACAAAGCUCUGUCCUCUGCCAAUUCGGGCUUAG